AUGCUAUUUAUGAAACUUCGGCAAAGAUUUUCGUUUGCCCGCAAUAAGUUAGAUGCGGGUGGUGACCAUCGCUUGGGAAAGGUCAACUCUGUACAGACCUCCGAAACUCCAAGUGAGAACACUUUACAGGUAUGCAGGUCUUAUCGAUACUGGUUAGCAAAGGUAUUGAAGGUCAAGAAAACUUUGUGCAAAGUCCAUUGGCGCAAUAAGGAGUUCAAACAGUACCACUUGGGACGGCAUGACAGUGAAAGUUGGUACAUAAGAAACUGUACUUCUAAAAUUGACCGGAUGCUUAACCACGGUAUUCUAAGUGUGGAAUGGUUGUUCAUUGCUAUAGAUUACUUGAAAACACUGGAAUCAGACCUGCAGAACAAGCGGAAGUCAGUUCGAAAGCUGGUACAUGACAACCACAGUUUGCAAAAAUCUGUAUUGGCAAAACAUCAGCAGUGGCUAAAUGUGAUCGGUGAGUGUCAGCAUCUAUACAACCAAUACAGGGCCUGGCAAUUUGCUGUCACACUAGAGGAUUCUAGUUAUUCCGUGCUGAACCAGCUUGAUGUCAGUUCAAAAAGUUUGGACAGAUGGCAGCCUAGAAGACUUGACCCAGACAAUCCUAACAAGUUGAGUGCCCUGCCAUGGAUUUUGAUACCGGAAAACAAACUGAAUUUCCAAACAGAAGUUGAGGAAUUCUGGAAGCUGGGUGAAUACCAGAACGCCAUACACGUGGCCGUAAAAACCCUAAACACCAAUAAAAUUCUCCCUGUGACACAACAGCAUCGGUAUCCAAAGACGUCCAUAGCUGAAUUGCUAAAAGUGGUCAGUUAUUUCGCUGACCUUUCGGUGAGAUGCUUUCGAGACAGAGUCAGGGGGUUGGGCUUAUUUUGUGCCAACUAUGUCAUUCGACUUUUGAUACAUCUCAAUCCACCCAAGUCCUCUGCUUCAAGAAGAAAAAUUCUGAUGCCUGAAAGGUUCGUCAAACUUCGCGAACGUCUUGGGAGUUUACGUGUUCAUGAGACUGACUGGGCUGGCAUACUGGAAGCGUGUCGAAAGGUAAUAGGAAUAUUCUGGCUUGCGGGACGACACACAGACGCCAAUGAAUUGGUAGAAGCUUUGUUCAGUGCUCGAGUUUCAAAUAGUCGAAUCGAGGAAGGCGAAUCACAAGUGGGCCAAACCAGACUUGGUUGUCUGUUAACAAGUGGUCUUUGUUUAUAUGUAAGUCAUGUCAGUUCCCUCUUCUCUCACAUGAACAGACAAGAAAAUCAUGUUAGUCUACAGCUUUUGGAAUUAGCCCUUCUUUAUUCCGAAGGAGCCAUUGGAACUGCAGCAAUGGAUAUCAAGCCAAAGGAAUGGAAAUUGCGACCUUUUCAAAAUGAAGAUGAACUUGGAGCCGCCCUUUAUUUAUGGUUGCUCACAAUAGAGAAUACCUGUAGAUUUUGCUCAAACUUAGGAAGCUCGCAUGAUGUGCUACUCCUAGCUCAGAUUUCCUUGUCCGUUUAUGGACACAUCAGGGGACCAGGUGGUCGAGCUCUCAGUCAACUUUUAAAAGUGGCGCUGAUGGCCGAAGAAGAAUUCCAACUUUCCUGCAUUCACACACAACUAAGAGAAGGAAAGUCGGACUUUUCGUUGGACACCUAUCUGAGUCAACUGGAUUGUGUAGAAAUUCCAAUUUCGAUAGAAUCGAUCGUACACGAAGUGAUACUGGUAUGCCGGGGACAAAAGUGGAACUCUGCUGCGGAGCUGUUGGAUUGGUGGGUUACUGGAUGUAAGUUGCAAAGACAAGGCCACAAAACGCGUCAAAAAAGAGCAAAGUAUACUCUGAAUGAAAGUGCAUUUCGGACCGAUAAAUUGCAACUGCUCAACCAUUCAUCAGUUGCAUUGAAACGGAAAACAAUUUUCCUGAGCUUUUUGAACAACGUAGCACAAAUUUCAUUGGGAAAUGGAAUGUUGGGAAACGAGGAUUCAUGCGCUCUUGUUGCCAGUUCGUCCACCGGAAAACAUCGUGAAAUGGAAACUGGGGAUGCGUUUUGUAACUUCUCCAGUCGUCCAAGUGACCCUAGACAGGCCUUCUUCUCUCCAAUUUAUAAGGUAUUUUUGCCAGGAUUUAUAGAAGCCCUAGAAAGCUUGCGAUUAUUCAUGGGAGAAAACAAAACGAUAGAGCAAAGUGAACAAUUCUUUCGUCUGCAAAGCAAUCGGAACCUUUAUCAGUGGUGCAAAGGAGCACAUUUGCAAAGGGGCUCAACAGAUGUCUACCUAAUGCCACAGGUCGAAUUGCUACUGGAUAGAAAUUAUAUGGCAAAUAUGUGUGAAAACAUUACUUUCCUGUUAACCCGAGAUCUCGGAUCAGCCCGUUCAUUAAAAAACGCCAAGAAAACCACAAGUAGACGACAACAGAAAAAUUUACACCAUGCGAAAACGACACCUUUCCCAGUGGUAGAAACCUUAACUCCAAUCUUGCAAUCGAACACGUAUCUGGUGUGA